AUGAUCGACGUCGUCUGCAAGCGGUGCGGCCAUCUAGGUUGCAUGAAACGGCCAUCAUAUGGUACAGACGGCAGCAAGAAGCGGGAGUUCUGCGCCCAGCACAGCCAGCAGGGCAUGGUCAGUAUGGCCAACACAAGGUGCGGCCAUCCAGGGUGCGCGAAAAAGGCGUCAUAUGGUACAGACGGCAGCAAGAAGCGGGAGUUCUGCGCCCAGCACAGCCAGCAGGGCAUGGUCAACAUCGUCAAGGGUAGGUGCCGCCAUGAAGAUUGCAGGAAGUGGCCGUCAUAUGGAAAGGACGGCAGCAAGAAGCCGGAGUUCUGUGCCCAGCACAGCCAGCAGGGCAUGGUUGAUAUCUGUAGCAAGAGGUGCCGCCACCCAGAUUGCACGAAACGGCCGUCAUAUGGUCAAGACGGCAGCAAGAGUCCGGAGUUUUGCGCCCCACACGCGGAGCAAGGCAUGGUCCAUAUUGUCACCAGGAGGUGCGGCCAUCCAGGCUGCACCAAGCACGCGUCAUAUGGUAUAGAUGGCAGCAAGAGGCCGGAGUUCUGCGCCCAGCACAGCCAGCCGGGCAUGGUCCAUAUCUUCAAAAGGAGGUGCCGCCAUGAAGAUUGCAGGAAGUGGCCGUCAUAUGGAAAGGACGGCAGCAAGAAGCCGGACUUCUGCGCGCAGCACAGUCAGCAGGGCAUGGUCAACAUCCGUAACAAGAGGUGCCGCCACCCAGAUUGCACGAAGCGGCCGUCAUAUGGUAAAGUCGGCAGCAAGAGGCCGGAUUUUUGUGCUCCACACGCGGAGCAAGGCAUGGUCGCUAUCAACAAAGGUGCGGCCAUCCAGGCUGCACCAAGCACGCGUCAUAUGGGAAAGACGGCAGCAACAGGCCGGAGUUCUGUACCCAGCACGCAAGGCCAGGGAUGUCCCAUUUCCGGCAAGCCGCGUGUGUAG